AUGCUCUCAAAAUUAUCACACAAAGAGCUGAUCAAAUUGGCUGGAAAAAGUUGUGUACCUCCAUUGUCACCCAAGUUUCAUAAGGGUCAAUCUGGUGGAAGAGUGUGUAUCGUAGGUGGAUGCGAAGAUUACACCGGUGCUCCUUUCUUUAGCGCCCAUGCUACAGCACUGAUGGGAUGUGAUUUGACACAUGUCAUAUGUGAGAAGAACGCAGCAACGGUGAUUAAAUCAUAUUCGCCAAAUCUAAUGGUGCACCCUUAUCUUAGGGACAAUGGUUCGAAAAGUGAAAUGGACAAGAUUAAGUCUUUAUUACAAAGAAUUCAUGUUACCGUUAUUGGUCCAGGUCUUGGAAGAGAUGACAGUAUGCUGAAUGCUGUCAAGGAAAUUAUUCGAUACAUCCUGGAGGAGCACGAGGGUGAUAUACCUAUUGUAAUUGAUGCGGAUGGUUUGUAUUUGGUUUGUCAAGACAAAGAAGUUCGUGACAUGUUGAAGAAAUUCCCUGUGGGGAGAAUAAUCUUGACUCCCAAUGUUGUAGAAUUUAAAAGAAUAUGUGAUGCACUAACAGGUGGCAAAGCUGAUGAGAUAGAUGGUAAUAAACGGAUGGGGGCCUUUAUUGCUAAUGAAUUAAAAUGUAUUGUAGUACAAAAGGGGACUUCAGAUCAGAUAUUUUCCCCAGCAAAUGCAAGUAGCAUGUUAGUAAAUUCACAGGAGGGAAGUAAUAAGAGAGUCGGUGGUCAAGGUGAUACAUUGACUGGUUGCAUAGCAUGUAUGCUAGCAUACAGUCGUGCUAUGUAUGAUUUCAAGUUAUGCGGUGACCCACACCAGGACAAAAAGGAUGACAAACUGCAGUGGGUAGAUUAUGCAAUGUUAAGUUGCUACGCUGGAUGUACCAUCACUCGUGAAUGUGCUCGUCUAGCAUUCAAAGCUACUGGUCGUGCAAUGCAAACGACAGAUUUGAACAACCGAGUAGGUGAAGUGUUUAACAAAAUAUUUCCGUAA